ACAAACAAUCGGGUCUAACAGCGUUUCAUUACCACAAGAUCUCAAUCGGGUCUUAUCUAAUCCCUCUCUAAAACCCCAUUUGGAAUUGAUUCAGUUUUCGAUUUCACUAUUCGUUUUGUUGGGCUAUUCCAUGUAUUAAAGUUCGUUCGAAUUUCUUCAAAAAAGGCAAUAACUUGUGUUCAUCUUCGAAGGGGUUCUUUCAAACCCAGAAAAACGGUGCAUCCCCAUGAUAUAAUGGGUAUAUAUGUUGGAAUUUAUUGAUAUCAUAUGAUCAGAGAGAGACCCAGUUGGUUCUCUUUCUCUUAUCUUCCGAUGCCGACGCAUACUCGACACGUGCUUGCUGAAGUAACUUACUUCCAAGUUUCAACAGCGCCGAGUUUCUUCGCUCUUGCGGCACCGUUGUUACUGUCGAGAGAAAUGAUGAACAGAGAAGUUCAUAACCUGUACUGUCACUUUAUAAAUGGGAUUCGAUUCCUUUGUUCUUACUAGUGAUUUUUCUGAAGUGUUAAGGAAGAAGAUUGAUUCUAAUGGAGGUUUCGAUAAUGGUUCAUGUGGGAUUGAUCCUUUUUCUUCUAUGGUUACUUUCCGCUUACAAUUGCUGCCAUCUUGCUGCAUAUUUCAUCUCCUUCAUCUAUCUCUAUCUGGUGCAUGAACGGUUCUUUUGGAGAUUGAGGAAGAAAUUCAAAUUUGAGGAGAGAAAGCAAGCUAAUCAGAGAAGGGUUCUUACGGAUUCUGAAACAGUUGGAUGGUUAAACCAUGUGGUUGAAAAGAUAUGGCCUAUAUGUAUGGAGCAUAUUGUUUCUCAGAAGAUUCUCCUCCCAAUCAUACCUUGGUUCUUGGAGAAGUACAAACCAUGGACUGCUAAGGAGGUUGUGGUUCGACAUCUAUAUUUGGGAAGAAACCCGCCUAUGUUUACUGAAAUGAGGGUUCUUCGUCAGCCUAGCGAGGACGACCACUUGGUUCUGGAGUUGGGAAUGAACUUUCUUACAGCUGAUGAUAUGAGUGCAGUAAUUGGGGUGAAGCUAAGGAAAAGACUUGGGUUUGGAAUGUGGGCAAAGUUACAUCUAACAGGAAUGCAUGUGGAAGGAAAGGUUCUGGUUGGUGUGAAGUUUCUUCGGGAUUGGCCACACCUCGGUCGUAUUCGAUUAUGUUUCGCUGAGCCUCCAUAUUUUCAGAUGACUGUCAAACCCAUCUUUACACAUGGUCUUGAUGUUACCGAACUUCCCGGGAUCGCUGGAUGGCUGGAUAAACUGUUGUCCGUUGCCUUUGAGCAGACACUUGUUGAGCCCAAUAUGUUGGUUGUUGACAUGGAGAAGUUCAUUUCACCACAAUCAGAAACCUGGUUCUCGGUGAACGUGAAGGAACCCGUUGCCCAUAUUGUGGUUGAAAUUAUUGAAGGAGCAGACAUGAAACGAUCUGAUCUAAACGGUCUAGCUGAUCCAUAUGUAAAAGGCCAGUUGGGUCCAUACAGAUUCAUGACCAAAAUACAAAGGAAAACACUGUCUCCGCAGUGGCACGAGGAGUUCAAGGUCCCAAUUGUCACAUGGGAGUCGGAAAAUGUGCUUGCUAUUGAAGUUCGUGACAAGGACACAUUCGUCGACGACAUGCUUGGAAAUUGUUCCGUCGGCCUAGCGGACUUGAGGGAUGGAAGACGACACGAUAUAUGGUUGCCUCUUGAAAAUAUUAAAACGGGUCGAUUGCAUCUCGGGAUCACUGUUUUUGAAGACAAAAAGAAGGCGGAGUAUCCUUCUCCCAAAGGGCCCUUGAAUGUGGGAGAGCCUCAUAAGGAUUCCCCUAGAAGUGAAAUCAAGGAUGACAAGGAUUCAAUCUCAACUAUACCAGUGGAGUCUCAGAGAGGGAUAGACAAUUUCGAGCCAAUCGACGUUGAAGGGCAAAACGAGACAGGAAUAUGGGUCCACCGUCCAGGAAGUGAAGUUUCAAAAACUUGGGAGCCUCGGCGACUUGAUACCAAAAUUCCUAGGGAGCCUAAUGAAUGCAGUGGUGAGAUAACAUCCUUUAAUAGUGAUUCUAGCAGCUCUGAUGAUAAUCCUGAGGAUAAACGUCGAAGGGUAUCAGUUCGCAGAGGACUAAGAAAGUUGAGUUCAGUUUUUCACCGGAGUCCUCGGGGUGAGGGCCGGUCGGGUAGCUUAGAGGAGACUGUUAAAUCCCCCCAAUAUGCCAAUAUUAGGGCCUCAAAUGCCAAGGAGGGAGGUGUUAAGGUUAUUCUCUUAGAUAACAUCUCUGGAACUGCUUCUGAUAGGGUAUCAAAAGACGGGAAAUCGAGCAACGACAGUAGCGAUUCAGAAAGCCCAGGAAAGGAGGGUGGUAAAGUGAGAGGCAUGGCAAAGAGCUUUUACAGACAGGCUGAGAAAUCUGCUCGCAAUAUCAAACACGCAUUGACACACAAAGGGUUGAAUAAAUUCCAAAGUGAUUCAUCAGGAAUGAAUGAGAGAGAUGGUGCAGAAGAAUCAGAAUGUUGUGGUGAUGAACCUGAUGUGCCAGCUGAAGCCACCACCGCUGCAGCUUCUCACGGUGAUUCGUUUAAGAAGGAGAAUGUGGUGGCCACAGGUUCAAGUGACAAUGUGAAGGACAAUGAGCAGCACUCAACAGAGAAGCUUAAUGCAGCACCCUUGGAGAGGAUAGAAGACGAUGAAGAUGAUAAACCUGCAAUCAACAGUGACAAAAUGAUUGGAACUUCAAAAAACAUGUAGAAGUUUGAGAAUUUGUAAACGGAAUUCCUGUAAAGAGAUGGUAUAAGCUAUAAAUAUUGUGAAGUUCAUAGAGAAAAGCUCUUCAGCUCUCUUCAGCAUCAUAUUUGGUGUA